AUCCCUGAAACGCACAGCAUUCUGAGUUGUCCCAAACCUCUAGGGAACUGAAAGUCCAGACAAGGCAAUCCGAAGGCCACGUUGUCCUACUCUUCGGGUCCACUCCUUCGCCCUCCCAGUGACUCCGCCUUUGGCGGCGCCCGGUGACCGCUGAGCCGACGACGAGGACAAGCCGGGCAAACGAGGGAACCCGUGCGCGCCCACCUGUGGUGGCCGAGAGCUCGCCUGUCAUCCCCGUGCUGCAUUUGGGCCCCGCGGGAGGCGGCCGCGCGCCGAGUCCUGGUAACGGUGAGGCCCGGGCGCUGGGCGGGCUCUCGGCCGUGGGAGGGCCCUUUUGUGCCCCUACCGCCCCGGGGCCUUCUGAAGGCGUUAAAAAGCUCGGACCCCCGUGUGGCAGGCUCUCCCGGCGCUGAAGUGUGGCCAUCACUUGUGGAGAUACCGCCUUGCCCGCCGCGCCGCCAGCUGGAGGAGGAGACCCCACGGCAUGUCACCCGCGCUCGGAGAGCUGCAGCAAUCCGCAGGUAUGAAGAAAAACCUGCAGGAUGAGAUUGAAGCCAUUUUGCAGGAGAGAAUUAUGGUGCUGGAUGGAGGGAUGGGGACCAUGAUCCAGCAAUAUAAGCUAAAUGAAGAAUGCUUCCGAGGACAAGAAUUUAAAGAUCAUGCCAGGCCACUGAAAGGCAACAAUGACAUUUUAAGUAUAACUCAACCUGAUGUCAUUUACCAAAUCCAUAAGGAGUAUUUGCUGGCUGGGGCAGAUAUCAUUGAAACAAAUACUUUUAGCAGCACAAGUCUUGCUCAAGCUGACUAUGGCCUUGAACACUUGGCCUACCGGAUGAACAAGUGCUCUGCAGGAGUGGCCAAAAAAGCAGCAGAGGAGAUAACUCUCCAGACAGGAAUUAAAAGGUUUGUGGCAGGAGCUCUGGGUCCAACUAAUAAGACACUCUCUGUGUCUCCAUCUGUGGAAAGACCAGAUUACAGGAACAUCACAUUUGAUGAGCUUGUGGAAGCAUACCAAGAGCAAGCCAAAGGACUUCUAGAUGGUGGGGUCGAUAUUUUACUUGUUGAAACUAUUUUUGAUACUGCAAAUGCUAAGGCAGCCUUGUUUGCACUCCAGAAACUCUUUGAAGAGAAGUAUGCUCCUCGGCCUAUUUUUGUAUCAGGGACAAUUGUUGAUAAAAGUGGGCGGACUCUUUCUGGACAGACAGGAGAGGCAUUUGUCAUCAGUGUGUCUCAUGCAGACCCACUCUGCAUUGGAUUAAACUGUGCACUGGGCGCAGCUGAAAUGAGACCUUUUAUUGAAACUAUUGGAAAAUGUACAACAGCCUAUAUCCUCUGCUAUCCCAAUGCAGGUCUUCCCAAUACCUUUGGUGGCUAUGAUGAAACUCCUCAUGUGAUGGCCAUGCACCUAAAGGAAUUUGCUAUGGAUGGCUUUGUCAAUAUAGUUGGUGGAUGCUGUGGUACAACGCCAGAUCAUAUCAGGGAAAUUGCUAAAGCUGUGAAAAAUUGUAAGCCUAGAGUUCCACCUGAUACUGUUUUUGAAGGGCAUAUGUUACUGUCUGGUUUAGAACCCUUCAGGAUUGGACCAUACACCAACUUCGUUAACAUCGGAGAGCGCUGUAACGUUGCAGGAUCAAGGAAGUUUGCUAAACUCAUCAUGGCAGGCAACUAUGAAGAAGCACUGAGUAUUGCCAAAGUCCAGGUGGAAAUGGGUGCCCAAGUGCUGGAUAUCAACAUGGAUGAUGGCAUGCUAGAUGGCUCAAGUGCAAUGACCAGAUUUUGCAACUUCAUUGCUUCUGAGCCUGACAUUGCCAAGGUGCCCUUGUGCAUUGACUCUUCCAAUUUUGCUGUGAUUGAAGCUGGGUUAAAGUGCUGCCAAGGGAAGUGCAUUGUCAAUAGUAUUAGCCUCAAGGAGGGAGAAGAUGACUUCUUGGAAAAGGCCGGAAAGAUUAAGAAAUUUGGAGCUGCUGUGGUGGUGAUGGCUUUUGAUGAAGAAGGCCAGGCCACAGAAAUAGACACCAAAAUCAAGGUGUGCACCCGAGCCUACCAUCUCCUUGUGAAGAAACUGAGCUUUAAUCCAAACGACAUCAUCUUUGACCCCAAUAUCCUCACCAUUGGUACUGGGAUGGAAGAGCACAACUUGUAUGCUGUUAAUUUUAUCUAUGCAACAAAAAUCAUCAAAGAAACGUUGCCUGGAGCCAGAAUAAGUGGUGGUCUUUCCAAUUUGUCCUUCUCCUUCCGAGGAAUGGAAGCCAUUCGAGAAGCAAUGCAUGGGGUUUUCCUUUACCAUGCAAUCAAGUUUGGUAUGGAUAUGGGGAUAGUAAAUGCUGGAAACCUCCCUGUAUAUGAUGACAUCCAUAAGGAACUUCUCCAGCUCUGUGAAGAUCUCAUCUGGAAUAAAGACCCUGAAGCUACUGAGAAGCUCUUACGUUAUACCCAGACACAUGGUAAAGGAGGGAAGAAAGUCGUUCAGACAGAUGAGUGGAGAAGUGGCCCCAUUGAAGAACGCCUCGAGUAUGCCCUUGUGAAGGGCAUUGAAAAACAUAUUAUUGAGGAUACUGAGGAAGCCAGAUUAAACCAGGAAAAAUAUCCCCGACCUUUGAAUAUAAUUGAAGGGCCCCUGAUGAAUGGCAUGAAAGUUGUUGGUGAUCUUUUUGGAGCUGGAAAAAUGUUUCUACCUCAGGUUAUAAAAUCAGCUCGGGUCAUGAAGAAGGCUGUUGGCCACCUUAUUCCUUUCAUGGAAAAAGAGAGAGAAGAAACUAGAGUGCUCACUGGCACAGUAGAAGAAGAGGACCCUUACCAAGGCACCAUCGUACUGGCCACUGUUAAAGGUGAUGUACACGACAUAGGCAAGAACAUCGUUGGAGUAGUCCUUGGCUGCAAUAACUUCAGAGUUAUUGAUUUAGGAGUCAUGACUCCCUGUGAUAAGAUACUGAAAGCUGCUCUCGACCACAAAGCAGAUAUAAUUGGCCUGUCAGGACUCAUCACUCCUUCCCUGGAGGAAAUGAUUUUUGUUGCCAAAGAAAUGGAGAGAUUAGCUAUAAAGAUUCCACUAUUGAUUGGAGGAGCAACCACUUCCAAAACCCACACAGCAGUUAAAAUAGCUCCAAGAUACAGUGCCCCUGUAAUCCAUGUCCUGGAUGCAUCCAAGAGUGUGGUCGUGUGUUCUCAACUAUUAGAUGAAAAUCUAAAAGAUGACUACUUUGAGGAAAUCAUGGAAGAAUAUGAAGAUAUUAGACAGGACCAUUAUGAGUCUCUCAAGGAGAGAAGAUACUUAACGUUAAGUCAAGCGAGAAAAAGUGGUUUUCAAAUUGAUUGGCUGUCAGAACCUCAUCCAGUGAGGCCCACAUUUAUUGGGACUAAAGUCUUUGAAGACUAUGACCUACAGAAACUGAUGGACUACAUCGACUGGAAACCUUUCUUUGAUGUCUGGCAACUCCGAGGCAAAUACCCUAAUCGAGGCUUUCCCAAGAUAUUUAAUGACAAAGCAGUAGGUGAAGAGGCCAAAAAAGUCUAUGAUGAUGCCCAAAAUAUGCUGAAAGCACUGAUCAGUCAAAAGAAGCUCCAAGCCAGAGGUGUGGUUGGAUUCUGGCCGGCACAGAGUGUCCAAGAUGACAUUCAUUUGUAUGCAGAAGAUGCAGUGCCCCAGGCUGCAGAGCCAAUAGCUACCUUUUAUGGUUUAAGGCAACAGGCUGAGAAGGACUCUUCCAGCACAGAUCCUUACCACUGCCUCUCGGACUUCAUAGCUCCUCUGGGCUCUGGCGUCCGUGACUACCUGGGCCUGUUUUCCGUGGCCUGCUUUGGGGUUGAAGAGCUGAGUGCGGCCUAUGAGGAGGAGUGUGAUGACUACAGCAGCAUCAUGGUCAAGGCGCUGGGGGACAGGCUGGCAGAGGCCUUUGCAGAGGAGCUGCAUGAAAGGGUUCGCAAAGAACUAUGGGCGUACUGUGGCAGUGAGCAGCUGGAUGUCGCGGACCUGCGAAGGAUACGGUAUAAGGGCAUCCGCCCAGCUCCCGGGUACCCCAGCCAGCCUGACCACACUGAGAAGCUCACCAUGUGGAGGCUCGCCAACAUCGAGCAGGUCACAGGCAUUAGGUUAACAGAAUCAUUAGCAAUGGCACCUGCUUCAGCAGUCUCAGGCCUCUACUUCUCCAAUUUGAAAUCCAAAUAUUUUGCAGUGGGAAAAAUUUCCAAGGAUCAGAUUGAGGAUUAUGCGCUGAGGAAGAACAUGUCUGUGGCUGAAGUUGAGAAAUGGCUUGGACCCAUUUUGGGAUAUGAUACAGACUAACUUUAUUUUUACCUUUUGUUUACUUGAUAUCUUCAAGGAAACAAUGCAGAGUGCCUUAAGAAGAACAACGAAAUAAAACCAUCUACAUCUGGUUAACAUUUGCCUUGCUUCAGGUUUGGAAAACUGGUAAAAAUCCAUAGAGGUUCAAGUCUUCCUGUGGUACUUGGAAAACAUCCUGAAUGAAGAGCCUGGAGCAGAACUGUGGUGGUAUCUGUGGUUCUGCAGGAUGGGGACAAGCUGGAGAAGAAAUCUUUUGCAUUUCAAAGCGAGUUACUUGGUUUUUUUUUUUCCAUUUUUUACCUUGUAUCUAGAAGGCCACUUCUCCCAUUUUUUUUUUCCUCUUAGGAAAAAAGCCUGAAACUCAGUUAAAUAGAAAAAUGUGACCUUGUGGCAAAGUGACAUGGUGAGAAAUGGGGUAUUUUAUCUAAAUGAUUACAAUGGGAGACUCUGACAGGGAAGAAAGUAUAACUCUGCUCUCCAGAAGACAUCAUUUUCUAAAGGCUCAAUUAAAUGGUUGCAGAACCCCCGUUGGCAAAAGGCACGCUCUCACCACUUGCUUGUAAGAAAUACUCAAGCUAUUUGCACCAAUGUAGUCAAGUAUAGUCAUUUUCUCCAAGCAUUUUUGUUCCAUAAUUUCAUAUUCCCUCACCUCCCCUCCAAAAUAUAAAAAUAAAAAUGAAAGGAGGUGGGGAUCCUCUCUGCUAUUAACUGGUGGUUAGCGUCAUCUGUCAGUUGUUUUUCAUAAUUGAGCAGAUUCUCAGCCAAGCCAUGGUAUCUUGGGCAGAGUUGGACAGGUGAAUCUGGGCAGGGCAUGGUCCCUGCCCUCAAGAACAAGGAUCGUUUCUGCCUUUUAACCACAUGUUGUUUUCCUUCACUUCCCUCUUUUAUUUGUCUAAAUUAAAAUUCAUUCUCUUAGGCUUAGUAUAGAUCUUAACUUAUCUAUAAAGUCUUCCUUUUCAUUGCUCACCCAUCUCCAAACCCAUGCAAUUUGGGAAUAGCACCUUGACUAGUUCUCUGUCACUUCAUGGGAAAUGGUUAAGAGCAUGGGCUUUAAAGUCAGCAUACCUGGAUUCAAAGUUCAGUUUUGCCACUUACUUACCAUGUGACUAGGCAAGUUACGUAAGCUCUCCAACACUCAGUUUUCUCAUUUGUAGAAUGAGGACUGAGAUGAUACAUACAAAGCAGCCAGCACUGUACCUGGCACACAAGUAAAUGCUUAAAAAUGGUAGAGCGCUAUAAGGAGGUCCUCUAGAGCUCAGCACAGAGUAAGAACUCAUGGAAAGGGCAAAAGAGAUGAAUGGAGGGAAAUGGUGAAAAGAUAUUGAGAAAUUAUAUGGAUUAGAAUCCAAUUACACUGGCUGGGAAAGAUGAGCUGUCUCCUAUAACAUAAGCACCAUUGCUCCUGGUUUUCUGUGUGACAGAACCCUCCCUCGCCUCGUGCGACAUAAGCUGGCUUUGCCCCAAAAGCAAUCAGAUCACAUUUACAUUGGAGGGGUAAAAGUACAUUGGAGGUGAACGGGAAAAAGCCCUAGAGAAUCAUAAUCUUACGUCUGUUUUAUGUGCAUGCUUACUUUCAGAGGAACAUGCCUCUUAAGGCAUUAUUUGCCAUUCAAGUGAAGAGAAUUGUGUGUGUUCUUUAGGUUCAUUUAAUUUGUGCUAGAUAGAGAAUGGGACUUGGUUUCAUGGGACAAUCAGAGAAUUUAUUUUCUGUUCCAUAGCAGGCAUAUUAUUCUCCUUAAAAAUAGUUUUAAUGCAUUUUAUCUGAAGUACAAUUGCUAAAGAGUCUCCUGAUUUCAUUAAUCAUUUACCUUAUCUUCUCCUGGUUGUGUGAUAGAAUGACUUCCUUAUAUUGUUGAUAUAAUCCUACGACAGAUGGCUUUUUUCUCCUGAAGAUAAAAAGAAUCUGUGCAAGUCUGAGUGCCUAUAUUUACACCAAAGAAUAUAAAAUAAAACAUGAAGUUACCCUCCUUAUGUCAGGAGUGCCAGAAACAAAGAUCUUUAAAGGCAGUUAGGUUAACAUUCCAAUCCUGGGGUCUUCUAUACCUUAACGACUAUAUACAUCCAGAAUAUUCCCUUAUCAACAGUAUCUAUACCUCUAACAUAAACUGACUUGCUCUCAUCAUUUCUCAUUUGUUUAAUCUUUGCUGAAAGCUCCCAUAUUUAUUUUUUCCUCAAAGGAAACACUCAUUCAGAAUCUUCCCUACUCUGCUGCUUGCUCCGCAGUCUGUACUGAAAAGGCUGGUUUGUGGGAUAAUGGUUGAAAUCAAGUUUUACAAUAUCCUAUUUCUCCUUUGAGAUAGUCUACUAUUGCCACCCUCCAUUCGGAGCUAAAAUUCAGUUAAAGAAUCAUCUCCUUUCUAUUUCUCUGAGGCAUGCCCUCAGCAAAUAUUUGAAUGCCAGCUGUCUUCUCCCAAUUUCUCCUUAACCCAAUGAAGUCAGGUUUCUUACCCACCUCUCCUUUUACUAAUGAUCUCUUAAUCAUGAUAUCCAGUAGCCUUCCCAGUGGUUUUUCUUCUCUGGAGUUUGGAUAAUAUUGACUAUUCUUUGCUCAAAGCUCUUCUUUUCCAGGUUUCCCCUUAACUUCACUCUUCUGGUUAACCUUCUGCUUUUCUAAUCAUUUCCCUGACUUUUUCAUAGUUUCUCUCCCUCUGCCCACUUAAAUACUGGUGUUCCCAGGGGUCUGUCAUUAGCUGCUUUCUUAAUCUGUACAGUUUCAAUGGGCAAUCUCAUUGAGUACCUUCAGGGGUCAGUAUUUCCAUCCAGACUCUCCUGAAGAACCUGCUAUAUGUUUUAUAGCCUUAUCCAGUAAGGCAUACAGACAUUUCAAACCGAUAAUGGCCCAAACCAGUCUCAUUCUCAGAAUUCUUGAUAUAUUCAAUAAUUUUGCCACCAUGCAAGCAGCAAACCUCAGAUUUACCCCAUGUCUUCUUUCUCUUGGACUCUUGGAGUUACCCCUAAAAAUUGCACAUAAGAGAUAAAUUUAUCCUACCGCAGUUGGGAUGGAGGUGGGGAUGGUCAGGAAAGGCAGUAAUUGAGGCCUGAUUUGGGAUUUGAAGGAUAAAGAUGAAGAAGCCUGGGAGGAACAGAUGAAGAACUAUCUAUGACCAUGAAUAGGAAUAUUAAAUGUUGUAAAGAAAUCCACGUCUCUACCAAACUGGUCUAUAGAUUCAAUGCCAUUUCCACCAGAAAUUCCAACAGUUUUUUUUGUUGUUGUUGUUAAAGUUGACAAACAUAUAUUUAAGUUUAUCUGGAAUACCAAAGGACUAAGAAUGGCCAAGAUGCCUAUAAAUACGAAGAAAUAACCUUACUAGAUAGAGUGGGGGUUUUUCUGUAGAGAUCGUUUCAUAUGGUGUAGAGGUAGGCAACCUGACUUAUGAAACAGAAGAAGAAGCCUGGAUACUGAACUGUGCAUAUGUUGAACUUUGAAAUAUGGCAGAAUUAGCAUGCAGAUCAGUGGGAGCAAGCACUACUGCUCCAUAAGUAGUAGUAGAACAGUUCUAAUUGGUUAUCUAUAUGGGGAAAAAAUGAAACUUGAUUUCUGCCUGACACUUUAUGUAGCAAUGAAUUCCAAAUAUAUUGAGUUAAAUGCCAACUGGAAAACUUUUAGAUGUUUGCAUGAAAAAUUCUUAGGGUGGGAAGGAAUUUCUUUAGACACAAAGCACUAUCCAUAAAAAGAAAAGAUGAUUAAAACAGUUGUUUUAAAAAUAACUUCUGUUAAGCAAAUAAGCAAUUUCAAGUAGGUGAAAAGACAAACCAGAUCUUGAGAAGAGAUAUUUACAACAUAAAUAACUGACACGGAAUGUUAACCAUAAUAUUAAAAGUUUCCUAUUUUUAAAAAACCUUAAUAGAAAAAUAGGAAAGGCUUGAAUAGGCAUUUCACAGAAAUGGAAAUAUGUAAGGCUUAUAAAAAAGAUGUUCCACAGCAUUGGUAUCAGGGAAAUAUGAAUUAAGAUGACAACGAAAUUCCAUUUUCCAUCCAUCAGAUGUGCAAAAAUUAAGGAGUCAGAUAGUACCAGGUGAUAAUGAAGAUCUGUGGGAACUUAUGCAUAUUUGUGGGUAAACAGGCACUACCAGUUUAGAAAAAAUAAUAUCUCACGAAGUUGAACAUUUGCAUGCAUGAUGAUCUAGUUUAUGACCCCUAGGUACAACAGGAACUCUUACAUGUAUGCACUAAGAGGUGUUUUCAAUAAUAUUCAUAAUAGUUAAUAUUCAUAAUAGUAACAUUUGCAAUAGUUAACUGGAAAAACUGCAAUGUCUGGCGAUAGAAGAAGGGACAAAUAAAUUAGAUAUAAUCACUAAGAUAAGUCUGCAGCUAUACCUCACAAUAUGAAUGAAUUUUGGGAAAUAAGAAGAGAAACAAGUUCUAGGAGACCACAUAUGGUGUGAUGGUAUGAUACUAUUUUUAUUGAGCACAAAAACAAACAAAACCAAAGAAUAUGUUGUCCAAGUUGACAUAUGCGAUAAUACUAUGUUGUAGAAGAUAAUAAUGGAACAAUAUCCAAGUUUGGAAUAGUAGUUACCCAUGGAAGAGGGGGACAGAGAUGGGAUAGGAAACAAACUCAUAGGUAGAUGUAACUUGUUAGUAAUGUUCUAGUUCUUGAGUAUGGUGAUGGUUUAUGGGUGUUCAUUUUAUUACGCUUUUUAACGGUUUUGUGUGUAUUAAGUAUAUUGUAUUCUAUACAUGUAUUAAAUAUAU